UGAAAAUUUGGCACAUCCUUUGUUUUUUCCCCUUUUCCUUGCCACUGCCUGUUAAAAAGUUUAUACUGUAGAGUAGCACAAACUUAUGAAAUCUAUGAUUAGUCAGCUAGCCGUUGGGAUCUCUAAUUGUACUAGCCGUUGGGAUCUGUUUUUGAAUUUGAACUUCACAUUUGAGCUUUCAGAAGGCCAAGCUCAAAAUUAAACCCCAUUUUACCGUCGCUGUUGGGGAAUGGGGAGUAGUAGUAGUAACUGUAGCAUUUCCUUUUGUUGCUGUGCCACGCCACCCAACCCAACCCAACCCAACCCACCACCGCGAGCACCAAAUCCAAUCCAUAGCCAGAUUGAAUUCCCCGACGAGAAAUCCGCCACAGCCGCCGCGUUGCGCCGGCGGCGAUGGAUCGCGGCGGCCGCCCGGGGUGGCUGCCGUCGCUGGGGUUCGCGUUCCUGAGCUUCAACUGCGGCAUGGCGAUCUACCGCUCCAGCAGCGACCCCUCCGCGGUGGCCUUCGUCGUCGUCGCCUACCUCGCGCUCAUCGCGCUCUUCCGCUGCCUCCACCUGCUGGAGCGCGCCCCCGCGGGGGGGCAGGCCCGGGCGUCGAUGAAGGCGGCGGUGUGGGGGCUCUCCACGCUCCUCACGCUCAUGUUCUCCUACAAGGUCGCCGCCAUCAUGCCGCUCUGGGGCGCCGCGGGCGUCUGGGUGAUGGGGCUCGGCACCAUCGUCGCCGGCUUCUACGCCUUCUUCGUGCACCGCGAGGCCCCCUAGAUGAUGAUGGCGAUGGCGAACUUCUGUGAGAUCGAUGCGCGUAGUUUCCGCUGUCUCGGAAGAUCACGGUCGCGAGGAAAAGAGUUCGGAAGACCGUUUGAAGAAGCAAGGCAAGUCACACAUUCCCUUUGAGCAUGUUGAACCUAAUUUACAAAUGUUCUUCCUUUUGCAAAUAAAAUUGCAUGUUUUGCUAAUUACAUGGGAAUAGGGUUUACCUAUCUUGUGCCAUGUUUACUUGAUAUCCAUCCUUUGUCAAACUUGGGUGAUAAUUUGACUAGCUCGUGUCACUAAUGUUGAUCUUGCUAUAAUCAUGAUAUGUUUAGCCAUGCUUAAACACCACUAGCUCACUUAAUGGGAAUAACUACAUUAGCUACAUUAGCAUCUUGAUGAGCUGUGUGCUCAAGACAUAUGGCCAUGUUUUAUUGGUCGUAAUUGUCCAACUAAAAUAUGGCUUAAUGGUGGGCUGCGGGUGCAUGGUUUUGCUAGACGCACACAUGGCAAUUAAGGAUCGGUUCGUGGCAAACCUUGGAAGACUUACCGCGUUUACCACAAGCAGGAAUGGCUAACUGCUAGUUCAGGUGGUUUGGUUGGGCUUGUUUAUAGAAAUCAUUUAAUAAACCAUUUCUAGUUAUGGGAAGGGUCUUGUCACAAUAACUCGCAUGGUUCCGUGUCAGGCAUGGCACGGUGACAUACGGUGGAUUGUGUCUUGUGGGUACAAUUGUGCACCUCUCGCCAGAGUAAAACUAUUCAAAUAGCCGUGCCUGCAAUUGUGGAUGAUCGACCAGAUUCGCCGUGAUUAGUACCACUUUAUUAAUAAUCUGACAUAAUGAACUGGUGUAGUUCAGGUGGUUUAGUUGGGCCUGUUUCUAGAAAUCAUUUAAUAAACCAUUUCUAGAAAUUAUAUUAAAGUUAAAACAAUUUAAUCAAGUGAAUUAAUAAGGGAAUUAAAAAUUCCCUUAAAAAAUCAUGGCUGGAAGUAUUUUUGUAAUAUUCUAUGUGCCCUAAUAUAUUAUCUGAAACUUCCCGUGAAUUUUUGGAGCUCAAGAAGUAAUUUUAAUAUAACAAACAUCAUUUCAUCAAUUAAGUAAAACGAAAAACAAAUUAAAAUUUUCCCCUUCACUUUAGGCCGCUUCUGGCCGAAAGUCCAUCCGUCCUCCCUGGCUUGCUUCUCCCUUCCUCUCUUUCUCUCGGGCCGCCUCUCUCCACCUCCGUCCUCCCUCCUCCCUAGGCUGUCAGCCCAUUUGCCUCCUCUUCCUUCCAAGUACACAAUGCGUCCCUCCCCUUCCAAGAGUCGCCAACAAGUAGGGCCCACCUGUCAGGCUCUCCUUCAACCUCCAGCCGGUUGACCUGCCAUGCCGCCCACUCCGCUACCGAUUCCGCACCGCUCGUCCACCUCCUCUGCCCCGUGCUCUCGCCCCCGCCCAUGGGACCGCGUCGCCCCACGUCCUCACUCUCCUCCCACACUCCCUCCGCGGAAAUCGGCGCCGCAACUCCCCUAUCCUCACGAUGCCGCCUCCACUCCACCGGCCGUUGCCGCCUCGACCCGAGCUCCUCACCGCUUCCCGAGCCUAUAAAAUCCAUCCCCGCACCUCCCUCUCUCAUUUUCCUAAGUUGCUUGAGCUCCCCGUGUCCUCUCUCGUGCUGCUCACGCCGCUCCCCAUCUCUUCUUCAAGCCAGUGAGCUCCGGUCACGUGCCACCGCCGACUCCGCCGUUGCGCGCCGCUCCUCAGCCACCACUUCUUCAGCACUGAAACCCAAAGAAACCCUGUCGCCACCACGAACCGCAUUUGCCGUCUCCAGCAGCUCGUCGCUGGUGAUUGGGACCACGAUGGGUCACCCAGGCGCCCGUCCUCCUCCUCCACCCCAUGCUCUCGCACCCGCUCGUGGGACCACGUCGCCCACGUCCCCUACUCCAUCCGCGGAAAACAGCGCUGCAACUCCCCUCUCCCCACGACGCCACCCCACUCCACCGGCCGUUGCCGCCCUGACCCGAGCUCCAGCCGAUUGGGACCACAACGAUGGUUCACUGGCCCCGCCCUGCCUCGUCCACCUAUUUUGGCCCGUGCUCUUGCACCCGCCCGUGGGAUCGCGUAGCCCCAUGUCCCCGCUCUCGUCCCCUACUCCAUCCGCGGAAAUUGCCGCCCCGACCCGAGCUCGUCGCCACCUCCCGAGCCUAUAAAAUCCAUCACCAAACCUCCCUCUCUCAUUUUCCCAAGUUGCCUGAGCCCCCUGCAUCCUCUCCCGUGCUCCCCGUGCCGCUCCCCAUUUCUGCCUCUCGCCGGUGAGCUCCGGCUGCGUGCCACCGCCACCCUAGCCGCCGUCGUCGCGCCGCCCCCACUGCCGGCUUCGCCGUUGCGCCCCGCUCCUUCGGCGCCAAAACUCACUGAAACCCUGUCGCCACCACGAACCUAAGGCCGCCACUGCAUUUGCCGCCUCUAGCUGCUCGUAGCCGGCAAUUGGGACCACGACGACGGGUCACCUGCCCGUGGGAUCGCGUCGCCCCACUUCCCCGCUCUCUUCUCCCACUCUCUCCGCGGAAAUCAGCGUUGCAACUCCUGUCAUCCCACGCCAUCGCCCCCUCUCCACCGGCCUUUGCCACCCCGACCCGAGCUCCUCGUCGUCUCCUGAGCCUAUAAAAUCCAUCCCCACACCUCCCUCUCUCAUUUUCCCAAGUUGCCUGAGCUCCCCACGUCUAUCGUGCUCCCCACGCCGCUCCCCAUCUCUGCCUCUCGCCGGUGAGCUCAGGUCGCGUGCCGUCGCCGUGCGGCACUCACCGCCGGCUUCGCCGUUGCGUGCCGCUCCUCGACCACCACUUCUUCGGCGCCGAAACCCACCGAAACCUUGUCACCACCACGAACCUGAGGCCGACACUGCAUUUGCCGACUCUAGCCGCUUGUAGCCGGCGAUUGGGACCACGACGACGGUUCACCAGCCCUGCCCUGUCCACCUAUUCCGGCCCAUGCUCUCGCACCCGUCCGUGGGACGGCAUAGCCCCACGUCCCCUCUCUCCUCCCCACUCCAUCCGCGGAAAUUGCUACCCGACCUGAGCUCCUCGCCGCCUUCCGAGCCUAUAAAAUCUAUCCCCGCACCUCUAUCUCUCAUUUUCCCAAGUUGCCUUAGCUCCCCACGUCCUCUCUAGUGCUUCCCGCGCCGGUCCCCAUCUCUGCCUCUCGCCGGUGAGCUCUGGUCGCGUGCCGUCGCCGCCGCGCCGUCCUCACCGCCGGCUUCGUCGUUGCACGCCGUAGCUCGGCCUCCACUUCUUCGGCACCGAAUCCCACCGAAACCCUGUCGCCACCACGAACCCAAGGCCUCCACCGUAUUUGCCGUCUCCAGCUACUCGUUGCCGGUGGUUUGGACCACGAUGGGUCACCCGCCUCGCCCCGUCCACCUCCUCCGCCCCACGCUCUCGCACCCGCCUGUGGGACCACAUCGCCCCACGUCCCCGCUCACCUCCUCCACUCCCUUCGUGGUAAUUGGAGCUGCACCUCCCCUCACACCACAAUGCCGCCCCCACUCCACCGGCCUUUGUCGCCUCGACCCGAGCUCCUCGCCGUCUCCCGAGCCGUCUCUCGACCCGAGCCUUUGUCGCGUGCCGUCGCCGCCCUAGCCGCCGGUGAGCCGCCCCCAUCUCCGCCUCUCGCUGGUUAGCUCCCAUCAUGUGCCGCCGCCGUGUCGCCCCCAUUGCCGGCUUCGCCGUUGCGCGCCGCUUGUCGUCAGCGGUUGGGACCACGACGGGUCACCCGUCCCGCCCCGUCCACCUCCAACGCACUGCGCUCUCGCACCCGCCUGUGGGACUGCGUCGACCCACAUCCUCACUCCUCUCCCCCACUCCCUCCGCGGAAAUCGGCGCCACAACUCCUCUCUCCCUACGACACCACCCCCACUCCACUGGCCGUUGCCACCCCGACCUUAGCUCCUCGCUGCCUCCCGAGCCUGUAAAAUCCAUCCCCGCACCUCCCUUUCUCAUUUUCCCAAGUUGCCUAAGCUCGCCACAUCCUAUACUGUGUUUCCCACACCGCUCCCCAUCUCUGCCUCUCGCCGGUGAGAUCUGGUCGCGUGCCGCCACCGUCCUAUACACCACCACGCCGCCCCCACUGCUAGCUUCACCGUGGCGCGCCGCUCCUCGGCCACCACUUCGUCGGCACCGAAACCCGCCGAAACCUUGUUCCCACCACGAACCUGAGUCCGCCACCGCAUUUGCCGUCUAAAGCCGCUCGUCGCCGGCGGUUGGGACCACGACGGGUCAUCCGCCCCGCCCGGUCCACCUCAUCCGCUCUGCACUCUCGCACCCGCCCAUGGGACCGUGUCACCCCACGUCCCCGCUCUCCUCCCCCACUCCCUCUACGGAAAUCUGCGCCGUAACUCCUCUCUCCCCAUGACGUUGUCCCGACUCCACCGGCUGUUGCCACCCAACCCAAGCUCCUCGCUGCCUCCCGAGCCUAUAAGAUCCAUCCCCGCACCUCCCUCUCUCAUUUUCCUAAAUUGCCUGAGCUCCCCACGUCCUCUCCCGUGCUCCCCAUGCUGCUCCCUAUCUCUGCCUCUCGCCGGUGAGCUUCGGUCGCGUGCCGACGCCGCCCUAUCCGCCGCCGCGCCGCCUCCACUGCCGGCUUCGCCGUUGCGCGCCGCUCCUCGGCCACCACUUCUUCGGCAUCGAAACCUGCCGAAACCCUAUUGCCACCAUGAACCUACGGCCGUCACCACAUUUGCCGUCUCCAGCCGCUCGUCGCCGGCGGUUAGGACCACAACAGGUCACCCGCCCCUGCCCCGUCCACCUCCAACGCACCGCACUCUCGCACCCACCCAUGGGACCGCGUCGACCCAGAUUCUCGCUCUCCUCCCCCACUACCUCCGCGAAAAUCGGCGCCGCAACUCCUCUCUCCCUACGACGAUGCUCCCACUGUACCGGCCGUUGCCGACCCUACCCGAGCUCCUCACCGCCACCCGAGCCUGUAAAAUCCAUCCCCGCACCUCCCUCUCUCAUUUUCCCAAAUUGCCCGAGCUCCCCGCGUCCUUUCCCGUACUCCCCAUGUCGCUCCCCAUCUCUGCCUCUCGCCGGUGAGCGCCGGUUGCGAGCAGCCGCCGCCCCUAGCCACCGUCCUAGCUGCCGCCGCGCCGCCCCCAUUGCCUGCUUCGCCGUUGCGCACCGCUCCUCGGCCGCCACUGCAUUUGCCGUCUCCAGCCACUCAUCGUCGGCGGUUUGGACCACGACGGGUCUCGGUCCACCUCCUCCGCCCCGCACUCUCGCACCCGCCCGUGGGACCGCUUCGCCCUACAUCCCCCCUCUCCUCCCCCACUCCCUUCGCGGAAAUCGGCGCGGUAACUGCACUCUCCCUACGACGCCGUCCCGACUCCACCUGUCAUUGCCGUCCCGACCCGAGCUCCUCGUCGCCUCCCGAGCCUAUAAAAUCCAUCCCCGCACCUCCCUCUCUCAUUUGCCCAAAUACCCUGAGCUCCCUGCGUCCUCUCCUGGGCUCCCCACGCCGCUCCUCAUCUCUCCCUCUCGCCGGUGAGCUCCGGUCGCGUGCCUCGACCAUGCCGCCCCAACUGUCGGCUUCGCCGUUGCACGCCGCUCCUCGUCCAUCACUUCUUCAGCAUCGAAACCUGCCGAAACCCUGUUGCCACCACGAACCUGACACCACCACCGCAUUUGCGUCGCCGGCGGUUGGGACCAUGACAGGUCACCCGCCCCCACCCCGUCCACCUCCAACGCACCGCGCUCUCGUCCUGUCCGUGGGACCGUGUCGACCCACAUCCCCGCUCUUCCCUACUCUACCCGCGGGAAUCGACGCCGCAACUCCUCUCUCCCCAUGACACCGCCCCCACUCCUCUAGCCGUUGCCACCUCGACCCGAGCUCCUCGCCGCCUCCCGAGCCUGUAAAUACCAUCCCCGCACCUCCCUUUCUCAUUUUGCCAAGUUGCCUGAGCUCCCCGCGUCCUCUACUGUGUUUCCCACGCCGCUCACCAUCUCUGCUUCUCGCCGGUGGGCUCCAGUCGCGUGCCGCUGCCGCCCUAGACUCUGCUGCGCAGCCCCCCACCGCCGGCUUCGCUGUAGCGCGCCGCUCCUUAGCCAUCACUACUUCGGCAUCGAAACCCACCGAAACCCUGUUGCCACCACGAACCUGAGGCUGCCAUCGCAUUUGCUGUCUCCAGCCGCUCGUCGCCGUGCUCUCCAUGACGGGUCACCCACCCCGCCCGGUCCACCUCCUCCGCUCUGCACACUCGCACCCACUGGUGGGUCCGCUUCGCCCCACGUCCCCGCGCUCCUCCCCUACUCCCUCCGUAGAAAUCGGCGCGGUAAUUGCCCUCUCCCCACGUCGCCGUCCUGACUCCACCGGCCGUUGUUGCCUUGACUCGGGCUCCUCCCCCCGCCACAUGGCAGUUGGGCGAGGGCCUCGGGGCAAGGCAGCGCGAGGGACCGAGGGCCCGAGGGGCAUGACGUGGCACCCCGAGGCCCACCGGCCGCUUCUGCGAUUCGCGAGGUGCGGGGGUAGGGCCAGGCUGUAGGGCCAUGUGGUUGGAUGGGAAGGUAAGUUCCCCUCACUUUGCAUACUCCUGGGCCUAUAUUUCCGACAGUAGCCCCCGGCACCACGUUGGACAUUGGCCCCUUAAGGACAGUCUGACGUGGCUCCUCACAACUUCCCAUGCCAUGGUGGGGUUGAUCCCGCCAUUCUCCAGUUUCUUCCAUGAGGUUUUGGAUUUCUACGAGAUCCAUGCCUUGCAUCUCGCACCCAACGCUGUAAUGACGCUGGCCAUCUUCUCGCACUUGUGCGAGAUAUUCGUCGGGGUGCGGCCGACGAUGCGGCUGUUCUAGUUUUCGUCCCACAGCUGCAGUAGGGCGCGGCGGUGGGAGGAUGCUACCUCCAGCCCCGGCCAGGGACGGCGGGGCAAUACAUUGAGAGCCAUCUCAAUGCGCACCCAUGUGGGUGAGCGCUGGGAUUGGGGCGAGGAGGACGUGAAGACAGUGAUCCGGCGGGUGCUGGGCCUGGACACCGCCGAGCAAACGCUGAUUCCAGACGGGAUCCUCCCCCUUUACAGCGACCGCGACCAGUAUCCUGGCUGUGAUGUCGGCCGUCGAUGCUGGCACGGGUCGUUCCCGCUGGAGCGGUGCCGGUGGUGGCGGCGACGGCGCGGGUAGCAGCUGGUCGACCGCAGGCGGCAGUCGGAUCGGCGGCUCCGGUGGGGGCGGCGGCUCCAGGGCGCCCGGUCCGAGCUGUGGGCCCGGGGGGGACUCGGCCAGCGACCCGAAAGGGAAGCGAAAGGUGUCCGAAUGUCGGCCACCUUCUCCCCCGAGCGAACGGCGGACCGACCACCGGCGGGCCACAAACGCCCUGCCGCGUCCGAGGUUGGACGGAAGAAGAAGCGGCUCCGAAAGAUAGGGCAAACGGAGCCGUGCCGGGGGAGUUUCAUCGAGCCCCCAAAGUGGACCUUCAAACGCCCCCCUCGUAGGUACGAUCGCUAGCACUCGACUCGGUGCGCUCUAUCCAUAGUGGCCUCUUGUUCCUCCCC